CCGUGGACAUCGUUUCGGUGGACGUGUCUCAGUACGGAGCAGGCGACGGCGGCGUCAGUGAGUCCCUCUGCGCCUCCGCCGAAUCGCUGUACGCGACUGCGGACUGCAGCGCGAGCUGCGACAGCGACAAGAGUGAUCAGACCGCGUUCACGAUGAACUUCCCUACGCAUGUCGGCAGCGGAGUGCACAAGAAGUGGGCGGCGGCGAAUAAUCAGGCCCCCGGCAGUCCGUCUCUUUCUGCCGCAGACGGUGGCGGACUUGGCAAGCCAGGCGUUUGCCCGUUAACAAUCCCCGCGAGGGAGCCAGCCGGAAAGGGUGCGUCGCGGGGAGAAAAGGGAACCGACGCGGGAGGGCAACCACCAGGACCACCUGCGGCCCCGCCAGCAGGCACGGCGGAGAGCGGGACACGUGGAUCCGGAGAGACGGGCACUUCCCCAACCCCUCAACGCCCUUCCGGCACGCCCAACUCCGCCACCCCUCCCACCGGCGGCAGCGAAGGAAGCACAACGACGACCACCAGCAGUCCGAGUGCUGCGAAACACACAAAAAGCAACACAGACAGCAGUGAAAUCGUGACGGUGCGGGCGCGUGCCCCACUGCUGCUGCUGUCGCUGCUGCUCACGGCUGCCCUUGCCUGCGCUGCUGGACAGUGGUAG